UUAAAAGCGGGGGCAUUUGUUGGGAAUUUGGCUAAGGAUGUAAAUCUGAAAGUGACUGAACUGGAGGCACGCAGGAUUCAGAUUGAAUCUGGAACAUUUAAGAAACAUUUUGAGGUAUAUUUGAACACUGGGGCUUUCUUCCUUAGCGAAAUGAUAGACAGAGAUUAGCUUUGUCCUAACAACCUUGUUUGUACUGAAAGCUUGGAGGUUAUUGUUAUUAAUCCUUUACAAAUGUAAAAUGUUGAAGUAAAUAUACUAGACAUAAACGACAAUGCACCACAUUUUCCUGUGAAAUCGCAGACUAUUCGGAUUGUUGAGCUAACUGCACCAGGAGCUAAAUUUCCUCUGCCUACAGGAUGUAGGAGCAACUCUACUGAGUCUUAUAAACUCUCCCCAAAUGCCCUUUUCACACUAGAGGUACAUACUGAGGCUGAUCGUGGUCCAUCAGUAGAGUUAGUGCUACAGAAAGCUUUAGACUGA